CCGGCCCGGACUGAUUAUCAUGGCUCCAUCGCUGGCGUCGCCGCCGCUGUCCCCCAGCGACGAGUCCGUGGACCUGGAGUGCGGCCUGAACGCGCCCCACGCGCGCGUGGACCGCCGCCACAUGGAGCGCGACCUGGUGCUGGCCUUCGACUCGCGCGAGCUGCGGCGCCACGAGGCGUGGUUCCUGGUCGAGACGGCGUGGCUGGACUCCUGGAUGAGCUACGUGCUGGGCGACCCGGACGACGCCAACGCGCCCAAGCGGCCGGGGCCUCUCACCAACGACUCGCUCUUCGACCGCGAGGAGUUCCGACUCAGGGACGGCCUGCAGCAGACGAAGGACUACCGCGGCGUGAACCCGCAGGUCUACGCGCUCUACGCGGAGCUCUACGGCACGGACGGAGCCAAGCCCAUCGUGCGCUGGACGCUGGACAUGUACGCGGUGCCCGUGAUGAUCGACGACAUCCGCGAGAUGCAGCGCGCGCCCGAGUUGAAGGCGCGCUCGCUGGUGGCGGAGAUGAACGAGGAGCUGGACGUGCAGAAUAAGGGGCUGGAGGGGCUGCGCGCGCAGCAGGAAGAGGACAAGGAGAGCUGGACGUACCGCUGCUUGUGUCGCUGCGAGUUCCUGGUGCCAUUUUUGUACCGGGUGUUGGGGGGAGGACCGACGUACAAGAAGGAGAAGCAAACGACGUGGGGAGAGUAUUUGUGCUGCUGCUUCUCGAGGAGGAACAAGAACAAGAAGGAGGAGAAGAGUAUUGACGAGGAGGAGACGAGCAGUGACGAGGAGACACAUGGACUGCUGGGGUGA